AUGUUCAGCCGUAUCAAGGAUAAGUUCUCAACCAAAAGGUCCUCCUCCACCGAGAAUCACACUCAUCUUGGCAUGGGCAACUCAAACUCGAACACCAAGAACAACAACAACAACAACCCCUUCCUCGAUGCUCCCGAGGAGGCUCCUCCUACUUAUGAGUCCACCCAAAAGACAGCUCCUCUUCUCGAUGUUCCUCGGCGUGCAGUUUCACCAGCUCCUAGCAUGUCGAGCAUCACCAGUGCCGAAGAUAAAUAUGCAUUCCUCUCUACUUUCGAUACCAUCUUUGUCAUUGACGACUCUGGAUCCAUGGCUGGUCGAUCGUGGACGGAGGUUCGAGAGGCGCUAAGCACUAUUGCCCCGAUCUGUACUUCUCAUGACCCCGAUGGCAUCGAUGUCUAUUUCCUGAACCAUCGAUCGCAAGCCGCCGGGACUGGAGUUCAAGCACCCGGAGGAUAUUUCCAGAUCCGUGAUGCCAACCAAGUCCAGCGUCUGUUCGAGUCGGUCCGUCCUCGCGGAGCAACACCAACUGGCUCUCGUCUUCACAGCAUUCUCAAGCCCUACGUCGCCCAUCUCUCCCGUCGUGCGGCCAACAUCGACUCGACCAAGCCAGUCAACAUCAUCGUCAUCACCGACGGAUGUCCUACGGACGACCCAGAGAGCAUCAUCGUUCACCACGCCAGGAAGCUUGACCAGAUCGAGGCUCCUCCUCAUCAAGUUGGCAUCCAGUUCUUCCAAGUUGGCAACGAACUUGGUGCCACUAAGGCUCUGCGUGAACUCGAUGAUGAUCUCGCUGAUCAGGGUAUUCGCGAUAUGGUUGAUACAGCAACUUGGAAUUCCACCACUUCGGACAACAGUAAGGCUUUGACCGCAGAUGGAAUUCUCAAGGUUGUCCUUGGUGCUGUUGUGCGACGCUUGGAUCGCAAGUCUGGGCGUAGCUCUCCUCAGGGCCGUCGCCACUAA